UCCUCAAUGAUUUUAAAGACAGUAAAGGGGUUCUGAAGCCAAACAAAUUUAAGAACUGUUGCCGUAAGGAAAAGUGUUACUGUUUGUGUCUGUGUGUCAUGUGUUAAUAGUCACCUUUGUCAAUUUAAGCUAAUAGCACAACUUCUGGUUAUUAUGUCUUUAAGGGUUUAACAAGUAUUUUUGAUGUUUGCUUUAGAGUCUUUUCAUUCUAACUCACAACUUAUUAAAUACCUCCUAUGUCCAAAGCUACAUAGAAAUAAAGUGGAUAGAAUGCUGGGCUUGCAAUCCAGAUGACUUAGAUUCAAAUUCCUCCCCGCCCACAUUUACUAGUUGGGUGCCACUCUGCCCAACCUCCAUUUCUCUAACAAGUCUCUUAACUUUUCUGUGCUACAAGCAAUUCCCCAGGGCUUAACUCUUUGAUCCCUAUUGAUGAAAGGAGUCUCUGCAUCAGGAGUUUCUUAUAUUGGUAAAAUCACAGAUCCUCUGUACAUUCUCAUAUAUCCAAGGAACUCUGCUUGGCACUGAGGAAUCAGAGAUUAAAACAAACCCCCCUCAAAAAACUGCACAGUCCUUUCUGCCCUCAGGUAACUUAGAGUCUGCCUGAUGGGUGAAGGGGAGAUCUAGCAUAAACACUGAUUAGGAUGCUACGAGGUAGAAUGUCAUGGGGCAAAGGAGAGAUUCAGCCAGAGUAUUCUAGGAAACAUUGAGCAGGGUUAAAGAUUCACAUUGGGAAUCUAUACAAUUUGAACAUUGUCACAUUUAUACAGAUAAAUUAAUCUAUCAUCACUAGAGACUUCCAAUAAUUAAAAAAUCCUGAAAUUUUAAUGAACAAAUGUUAUGAUUAAAAGGUGAGAAGUGAGAGGUUUUUUAAAAAAUCACUUUGGGGUUUAUGGGAAUUAUCAAACACAGACAGAUGAGUGUCUGUUCUUUCAGUCUGAAAUCCUUUCUCAGUCAGUAAUCUGAGCACCUCAUAUCCACAGUACACCCUCAUCUGGGGAUAUCUCACUGAGGGUUGGAGGGCAGGAAAGGAGUGAGGCUUGCAAAUUCCUUUCUGACCCUUCUGCUCGGCAGGUAAGUCUCAGGCUUUGUUUUCCCUUUCUUAACCUUACUCAUAUUGUGGCUCAUGGUUGGGUUUUAAUAUUUAUCAGGGAUGCUUGAAGUGCCAGACGCAGAACACAGAGCAAACAUAUGACACCACUUCCCUCCCCAACACAUAAUUACCUGCCUGUUGCAUCCAUCCAUUCUACAAAUGUCACACACACAGAGUGUGUGUGUAUGUGUGUCAGGGACUCAUUUGACCAGACAAUAAAACCUCACUUGUAUCUUCACUAUGAUUUCAAUUGUUAAGUUGCUGCUCCCCACUAUAGACUUUUUUCAGACAACUUAUAAUGUUUUAAUUAAUUCCUCUUUCCUUCAUUUUGGGGGGUUCUUGCAGAAAAUAACCAUGUGUAUUUCCUUUCUUCCUUCCUCCCACUUAUAGUGAAGAUAGUAUUAGCUAAACUCAUUCACUACCCUAGUCUUAAAAUCAGGUGACCUGGAUUUGAUUCCAGCCCUAGCACUUGCUGGCUUUGACCCUGGACAAAUCAUUUACCCUCCCUGAAACUCAAUUACCUCACCCUAAAAGGGGAUAAAAAUUUCACAGCCUACCUCAUAGAAUGGUUGUGUGGAAAACACUUUGUAAACUUCAAAUUGCUAUAGAAAUUGGCUUAUAAUUAUUAGCAAUAGUCACAAACAAGAAUCAUCUGGUGUAUAUUAGUGGAAAGGGCCUGGGGAUGAAAGUUAGAAUAAUUGGGUUCUAAUCCCAGCUCAACCACUGGUCUACCAUUGACCCUAAACUAAUCAGUUCAAUUCAACAGGCAUUUAUUAAGCAGCUACUAUGUUCAAUUAACCUCUCUGUCCUUUGGCUUCCUCAACUAUCAGUACCUGGCACACAGUAGGUAGUUUUUUUGGGGGGUUGAUUUGAAUUGGAAAUGCAGAUAAUAUUGCCUGCUCUAUCUACCUCAUUUUAUUUAUUCGGAUGGAGUGAGUCAGAAGAAACCGAGACAGCCCUCCACCAUGUAGUGUGGAACCCGUGACAAACUUUUGGGGCACAAGAUUUGAACAGGAUAGGCAGGCUUGGAUGGGUAAGAGAGAACUCCAGAACUGAUGAGAUCACAGAUCCACUUGGGUUUUUAAGAGAAUAUAGUGAGAUAAAAGAUAUGAUGGUGCUUUAAAAUAAGGCAUUGAUAUUUUUAGUUUGAAUAGCUGUGAGAGAGUAUGAGUAUGAUGAACAUAGGGAAGGGGGCAUGAAGGGGCCAGCGAGAGAAUUCUUCACUGUCUGGUGGAUCAAGUAAAAGUUAAAGUGGUUAGAGUGACAUUAAUCAACCUAACAAGGAUUUACUGAGGUUUAAGGUAUGUUUUAGCCCAAUGCUGAACUCUGUGGCAGAAUCAGAAGACACGGUCACUCUUUUCAGUGAUCUUAGUUUUCUGUGGAUCAAGUGGAGAGAAAACUAAUUACAUUAUGCAGUUUAGAGCUCAGAGGUGGACUGCUCUGGUGCUACCAGCUUAGAUUCCAUCCACCAUAGUAAUUCAAUCAGGACCUUAGGAAGGUCUGCUCCAGGUGACACCCUUCCCAGAUCCCUCCCUCCAUCUUUCUCAUGGCCUUUCUAGCAACCUCUGCUUUGACUGAGGUACCUCUCCCAUCUCUCUAAUGCCAGAUGCCUCUUCACAUUUCUAUGUGCUCCCUCUUUCCUUCCUCCCUCAGGCCUUAGGUUUAACCUUUCAGUCUGAGUGGUUGAUGGAUUAGAACCCAAGUGGCUAAUAUACAUUUGGGGAGUCAGAAACAAAGAAUAUUACAGAGCUUUGGAUAAAAUGCCUUAUCCAAUUUAGAGAGAGGUAGAAAAGUAUGGUUAUGUUGGAGAAGAAAUGCCCCAUGACUUCAAAAGAUUCAUGUAUAUUGACUUUGAAGAGAGACCUUGGAGCCUCAGACAGUAUAGAUUCUCCAACUCUAUGAAAUGUUUGAGGGUUAACCCCUGCCUUCUGAUGUAUCCCCUCCUCUCUAUGGAGACUGGGCUUUCAGAGCUCCUGGGCCCAAAUCCAACUUUUGAGGUUCAUGUACCCAAAUCAUUUUUUAAAAAAGUAAAGAUGCAUGGAAACAGAUCAUAGAGGGAGGCCAUUCAGAUUUUUUUUUCCUGUUUGAAAAGAGGAUUCCAGUGUAAAUGUGCUCAUUAUCAAGGACAUAGCUAUCUUUCCCGGUACAUCUCACUUGGGCUCUGAUACUAGUUCUGACCUACCAUCGAUAUUUGAGAAGAAGAGGUACAUAAUAAAUGUUUGUUGAAUUGAAUUGAAAAUGCAUCAAAACUGAAAUGAAAAUUGCCUUAUACUGAUAACAUAAUUUUCUUUAUCCUGAUGAGAAUGGAGUAAGAGGGAGUUAAGGAAAACCUCUAUUGUGAAAGAGGACCUCUAUUCAAAACCCUCCUUACAUUUAACACCUGUAUGACUCGGCAAAUCACUUAGCCUUCUUGGGUCUCAGACUGUAAAAUGAGGUUUGGAGGUCCUUUUCAGCUGGAGAUGUUCAAUCUUCUCUGCCAUUAUCCUUUUUGAGCUUCAGUUUAGUUUUCUGUAAAAUGGACUGCCUACCUCAUAGCUCUGUGAAGAAAGUACUCUGUAAACCUUAAAGUGCUAAAGAAAUAUGAGCUAUCACUACUACCAAUAACAAGUUGGUGAGACCAUUCAACAGCUGUGAUUCAGUAGCUGAUUCCUGUAGAUUUUUAUCUACUUCCUUACUCUUCCUGACUCCCCUCUGAGUUUGUGACUCAGCCCUAAUUGUCUUCUUGGUCCUUCUCCUCUUUGGCUGUAGCCAGAGCAACAGAGUAUUUACUCAAUAUAGAGGAGGAAUAGUGUCAUGAGAAGAGGCCUGGUUUAGAGUCCUGGGUUCUAGUCUGUAUUCUGCCACUUGCUGUGUGACUUUGGGUAAGUGGACUGCCCUCUCUGGCCUUAGUGUCUUCCUCUGUCAACUGGAGCUUUACCUCACAGGAAUCUUGAGCCUUUUGUAAACGUGAAGGAAAGGCUUAUAGAAAUAAAUUAUGAUUCCUCUUGACUGCUUUUUGGAUGCUGGGAAGCCCAAGUCCCACUUGGUGAGGCCGGCAGAUGGCGAUGCGUCUCCUUGACUCAGCCUGGAGCUCCCAAGCAAGUUGUGGCUCCUAUGUAAAUCCUCGCUUUGGUUACAAACCCUCCUCCCUCCCUCCCCUCCUCCUCCCGUCUCCCUCUCGCGCUCUCUCGCUCUCCAGCUUUCUCUCCCUCCUUCCUUCCCUCCUGCCCUUCCUCCUAGGGUUGUGUAUCUGUCUUACAUUCCCAUCCCAGCCUGUCACUAUCGCAUCAGAAGAAGAUCAUGGCGCAAAGGGGGACACCCCAGUUUCGGACGCGAACCCUCCCGGAGGGGAGAGCCCGGAGCCCCGGAGCGCAGCUGCUGUCGCCACCGCUGCUGCUACUGCUGCUGCUGCUGUUGCUGCUGCUCUGUACCUCGGGGGCUGCGCUGCGGUGCCCAGAGCUGGGGGGCGAAGGUCCCUGCUCUUGGGUGACCCGGUCUGGAAGAAGCCCUCUGGAUCAGUCCCUCCUUGGUGGUGGCGGUGAUGGUGAUGGUGACGGCGGCGGGGAGCCGGAGGCAGGCGCGGACCUGAGCGCACUCAGUAUCGGGGAAGGAGGCGACCCAGCUGCUUGGAAGAGUCGCUCUCGGAGAGCCGCGGCGGCGGCUGGAGCAUUCCCCAGGGCGCAGGUCUCUCUGAUCAGCACCUCGUUUGUGCUCAAAGGGGAUGCAACCCACAACCAGGCGAUGGUGCACUGGACCGGCGAGAACAGCAGCGUAAUUUUGAUUCUGACCAAGUAUUACCAUGCUGACAUGGGAAAGGUGCUGGAGAGCUCUCUGUGGAGGUCAUCAGAUUAUGGGACCUCAUACACGAAACUCAACUUACAGCCAGGCAUCACUACGGUGAUUGACAACUUCUACAUAUGCCCCACAAACAAAAGAAAGAUAAUUCUCGUAAGCUCAUCUCUUAAUGACCGGGACCAGAGCCUUUUCCUGAGCACCGAUGAAGGGACCACCUUUCAGAAACAGCUCAUCACAUUCUUUGUUGAAACUCUGAUUUUCCAUCCUAAAGAGGAGGAUAAAGUGGUUGCCUAUACUAAGGAGAGCAAGGUCUACUUAUCAACUGACUUGGGAAAGAAAUGGAUCCUGCUUCAAGAACGAGUGACUAAAGACCGUGUUUUCUGGGCUGUGGCUGGAGUAGAUGGGGAACCAGAUUUGGUUCAUAUGGAAAUCCAAGAUCUCAGUGGAGGUUUCCGAUAUGUCACCUGUCAGUCUCAGAAUUGCUCUGAUAGAACACCCACGAUUCCAUUUGCCAGCAGCAUUGACCACAAUUCCUUGACUGUGCAGGACGACUACAUAUUCUUUAAGGCAACAACAGCAAAUCGGACUAAAUACUACGUAUCUUAUCGACGCAAUGAAUUUGUUCUGAUGAAGCUACCAAAGUAUGCACUGCCCAAGGACUUGCAGAUUAUCAGCACUGAUGAAAAUGAGGUAUUUGUGGCUGUCCAAGAAUGGUACCAAACAGACACGUACAACCUUUACCAGUCAGACCCACAGGGUGUAUACUAUUCAAUUGUGCUUGAGAAUGUAAGGAGCACGAAACAACCGGAAGAGAAUGUCCUGAUCGAUAUCCUGGAGGUCAGAGGGGUGAAAGGAGUCUUCCUGGCCAACCAAAAGAUUGAUGGAAAGGUCACAACACUGAUAACUUACAACAAAGGCCGAGACUGGGAUUAUCUGACUCCGCCUGCCACUGACAUGAAUGGCAAACCCACCAACUGCAAACCUCCUGACUGCCAUCUUCAUCUUCACCUCCGAUGGGCAGACAAUCCGUAUGUGUCAGGGACUGUGCAUACUAAGGACACUGCACCUGGUCUGAUCAUGGGAGCAGGUAACCUGGGCUCUCAGCUGGUGGAAUACAAAGAAGAAAUGUAUAUCACAUCUGACUGUGGAAAUACUUGGCGUCAGGUCUUCGAAGAGGAACACCACAUUCUAUACCUGGAUCAUGGUGGAGUGAUUGUGGCUGUCAAAGAUACAUCCAUCCCCUUGAAAAUACUCAAAUUCAGCAUUGAUGAGGGUCAUACUUGGAGCACACACAAUUUCACCAGCACUUCAGUCUUCGUGGAUGGACUGCUAAGUGAGCCGGGGGAUGAGACUCUGGUGAUGACAGUCUUUGGUCAUAUAAGUUUCCGUUCAGAUUGGGAGCUGGUGAAGGUGGACUUCAGACCCUCUUUUCCCAGGCAAUGCACUGAGGAUGAUUAUGACUACUGGAAUCUCACCAACUUACAGGGCAAUCGUUGUAUCAUGGGCCAACAGAGGAGUUUCCGGAAAAGGAAGACCACAUCAUGGUGUAUCAAGGGGCAGAGCUUCACAUCAGUGUUCACAUCCAGUGUGUGCAAGUGUUCAAGCUCAGACUUCUUUUGUGAUUAUGGGUUUGAACGAUCAGCACCUUCAAAAUCAGAAGCCAAAAAGUGUUUUGCAAACUUCUGGUUUAAUCCUGACUUGCCUCCUGAAGACUGUGUGUUGGGGCAGGCGUACACUAGCAGCCCAGGGUACCGGAAAGUGGUAUCUAAUGUCUGUGAAGGUGGUGUGGACCUGCAGCAGUAUGUGUUCCAGCAUCAGUGUCCCCUGACAGCCCCCAGAGGAUUGCAAGUCAGCAUCAAAGGAGAGACAGUUGCUGUGAAGCCAGGAGAGGACGUCACAUUGGUGGUCAGACAGGAGCAGGGGGAUGUCCUAAAUACGAAGUACCUGGUAGACCUUGGUGAUGGUUUUAAGGCUGUCUAUGUCAAUCUCACUGUGACAGGGGAACCUAUCCGGCACCGCUAUGAGAGUCCAGGCAUUUACCGUGUCUUUGUCAAAGCAGAGAACGCUGCUGGGCAUGAGGAAGCUGUGUUGUUCGUUCAAGUAAAUUCUCCUCUACGGGCCUUACACCUCGAAGUGGUUCCUGUCAUUGGAGUGAACCAGGAAGUCAACCUCACUGCCAUUCUGCUACCCCAGAACCCCAAUCUAACAGUCUUCUACUGGUGGAUAGGAAACAACUUGCAGCCCCUUCUUUCUCUGGAUAACAUUCUUGUCACGCGAUUUUCAGAAACAGGUGAAGUCCGAGUGACUGUUCAAGCCUCCUGUGGGAAUUCCAUGCUCCAGGACUCCAAAGUUAUCAGGGUUUUAGAUCAAUUUCAAGUUCUACCCCUGAAGUUUACCAAGCACUUGGAUAUGUACAAUCCCAACAUCCCUGAAUGGAGAGAAGACAUUGGCCUGGUAGUCACCCGCCUCCUUUCUGAGGAAACCAAUAUCCCUGAAGAGUCUCUGCUAACUGUGGUGAAGCCAGGCCUGCCCACAACGGCUGACUUGCAUGUGCUUCUGCCAUCACCUAAACCAAAGAGGAAGAGGAGCAUACCAAGUGAUAAGAGGAUCACAGCCAUUAAGCAAGUCUUGAAUGCCCACAACAUCAGCUUUUUCCUAAGAGGAGGCUUCUGGGUACUCGUGACACUGCGUGACACAGAUUCAGAUUCUCAAAGGAUUGGAGGAGGAGGGGGAUAUUGGGCCCUCAUUGUUCUUUUCCUUAUCUGCCUCUUUGCAGUAGGAGCAUUCAUCCUCUACAAAUUUAAAAGGAAACUACCUGGCAGAACCGUCUAUGCCCAGAUGCACAAUGAAAAGGAACAAGAGAUGACCAGCCCAGUCAACCACAGCGAGGAUACACAGAACAUCAUCCAGGGUGAGGAGUUUAUAGAUGAUGAUGUGGAUUCCCAAACCCUAGGUAACACCAGAGUGACCUCUUCUGAGAGAGGGGGAAGCUUGAGCAGCCACCGAAUCCCCUUAUUGCCGAUGCCAGUCACUGCCCAGUCACAGGUAAUCACUCAGGCGUGGUUCUGAGCAUCAAUUCUCGAGAGAUGCACAGCUACCUGGUUAGCUGAUGUUUGCAGCUGGACAUAAACAUGGAAGACUCUUCUCUGUCUUGUUUCAUUUUCCCCUUCCUCCCUCCAUCCCCGCCCUGGGGAGGUCACAGAAUGGCAAGCAUGGCUAUAACUGAUGUUGGAAAGGGAUCUCCCUGAAAAAGAUGCCCAGAAGAAUGGUCACUGCUGAUGGUCCCCAUUUGAAACAGGACACGUCUCAUCUCAUAUUCACUGGAUGGACUCCAAGCCUGGACCAACUCAAACACAAACUUUGAGAGCAGAUACAUGCAGCUCAUGACACUCCCCAGACUCCAUUCUCCUGGUGUUCACUUCCCCCCAAUAUUUGUGUAUUUGUUCUAAUAUAUUUCAUGCCUAAUGACCCUUAUCAUGGGCAGGUAGUCUCAAAGGCCUAAUUGGAAAUGUCUAGCAACAGAGGAAAGGACCAGAAAGAGGCCUUGCUAAGGGUAGUGAAAUCCCUCCCUGCUAGUUUGACAUUCAGAGUACCUAAGAGAAAACUUGAGAUCUCCUGCUCCCCAAGAGUACAAACCCACCUUGGCUAUCUUCUUCUUCCUCACCAACUCUAUCCUAAAAUAGUGAAUUUCCUUAAACUCUUGGGCCUUGCUCUUAAGUAGGGAAAUAAACUCCAGUAGAAGUCCAAACAUUAACAACUCCCAAUUAUCUUAUGCUUUCAAAUUCCCAAAGUGCUUUUCUCCCAAUAAUCUCAUAAAAUAAAACAUGUGAAUGUGAGUAUCCCCAUUUUAUAGAUGAAGAAACUGGGGCUCAGACAGAUAUCAAUUGCUCAAGCUGUCAUAGCUAGUAAGACUCAGAAUCAGGACUUGAACCCAAAUCUCUGGAGUCCAGGUCCAGUGCUUUUUUUCUUUUUUUCACUAUACCCACCCCUAGUAUCAAAGGGGCAGGUAUGUGGCACAGUGAAUAGAGCACCAGCCCUGCAGUCAGAAAGACCUGAGUUCAAAUGUGACCUCAGAUACUAC